AUGUCAAUACAAAAGUGUUGGAAAGGACUGCCUCUGCGGCAAAGGGCGAGAUGGCCCAAGUGGUUAAAGCGCGAAUUUACUGACUACAGGGUCCGUGGUUCGAACCUGACCUCUGCCUUUCGACUUCCCCUGACUAUGUUUGGGCGACCUGGCAGUAUCCCAGCCCUCGUGCAACCUUCAGGUGGCAUGGCAUGCAAAUUUUGCUGGAAACCCUUUGCAUCGCAUGCAGCACACGACAGCCAUCGUUCACGUCAAAACAACCACCAAAGGUGCACAAGGUCUACUAACGCCCAAAACGAAAUCAGGAACAGUUGUACAGCGCUUCGUAUAUAUAGCGUAAGCGGCUAUUACUUUCUGGAAUUUCUGACGCGUUCUGGAGCGCCAUUGGCAACCGGCAUUUGGCCAAUACUGGGUCAUGAUUGGCUGUUGGGUCCAGAUUGUUGA